AUGGGAGAUAUUGGCCAAGGUUCAGAGCUAUGGAUGCCUCCUAUGACUCCCCAGGCGCUGCCCAUGGGUAAGAGCAACAUUUAUCCACUGGGUGAACGACAUGGUGUCAGCGUCUCAUUGCCAACAUGGGAUUCUGUGAUUGGAUUAUCACGAAAGGAAAAAUGGGUUUUGGAUCAUCUUGAAACUAGUUAUCCUCGCUUCUAUAUCAACAAGCCAGUGCGAGAACUCUCAUUGGCAGUUCUACAACGACUGCUUCUCCCCGAGACUAGCACAAGCUGUAUGUUAUUCUCUUCAGCUGUUGCCGCCCGGAAAUGUCUUGCAGCGCUUGAGAAAUCUGCGGAGAAGGGGUCUUCGCUGGCUGUCGUCCGGUUUUUUUUGCCCCCAGAAUCGGCCCAGGGCAUGACGUCCUUUCACUGGGCAAACUUUUCUGCUGUCCUUUAUCCGCCAGAUCUAUUGAAAAUAGCAAUGGCCUUUUGGAGAGAUACUGGCAGUGGAUUGUCUACUCGCCACGCGGAGUUCUGCAUUGGUGAGUUUGAAUAUCUGGACUGUGAUUCUAAAAAUCCAGAUUUUCAGAGUCCAGCGCCCUCCAAAAGAGGUCAUCACGGCAUUCCCCAAACUCUGGCAUGUGUUCAGAAUGCAGCCAACAGCAUGCCUGGACUAAAGUCUGUCAUUGCGAAACAAGCCAAUUCAGACCAGCCAGGUGAGGCAGCUGUGAGUCCAGAAGAUGUGUUCCUCUAUCCCACUGGAAUGAACGCCAUAUUUUCGCUAUCAGAGAGUUUAUCUUCGAUGAAACCAGACUCAAACGUCGCUGCAUUCGGUUGGCUGUACCCAGAGACUGUCCAUGUACUGCGGCAGGAUGUUUGGAAGACGUGCCUCUCAUACAAAUACGGCACAGAAGAAGAGUUAGAUCAACUGGAACUUGCACUUCAGUCCGGUCGGAAGAUCACAGCUUUGUUCUGCGAGCUUCCAAGUAACAUCUUACUAUCUUCACCAAAUGUCCGCCGGGUUAAAGACCUUGCAGAUAAAUUCGGGUUUAUAGUGGCAUGUGAUGACACUGUCGCAGGAUUCGUCAACUUGGAUGCAAUUCCAUACGUCGAUGUGAUGAUCACAAGUUUGACGAAAACUUUCAGUGGCUCUUCCAAUGUUACCGGAGGAAGUUUGAUUAUCAAUCCAAGUUCGCGCCAUCGAGAUGCCAUCAGAGCAGCAUUAUCUGCAGACUAUGAGCAAGCGUUCUUCCCCUUGGACACCCUUACACUCAUAGAUAACUGCCAGAACAUGCCUUGGCGAGUGAAGCGUUGUAACGAAAAUACCCUUCCACUGGUUGAUUUGCUGAAAGCCCACCAGUCAAUCGCUGCAGUCCACCAUCCAUCCAUUGCUCCUACUUCAUCGAUCUAUAAGGAUCUAAUGCGCAAGGAUGGAGGCUAUGGAAAUGUGAUAGGUAUUGUGUUCCAUCAUCCGGCAACCGCCAAAUAUUUCUACGAUGUUCUUGAUGUCUGCAAGGGGUCCAGCUUUGGAACCAACUUCACGCUUGUCAUUCCAUAUGUCCAGCUAGCGAACUACUGGGACCGAGAAAAAGUCCCAAAAUAUGGAUUGCCGCAGCACAUUAUUCGAAUGAGUGUUGGGCUUGAGGAUAGCGAACAGCUGUGCGCAACCGUCGCUAAAGCCCUCAGGCUAGUAGAGACUUUUGAGUCUCAAAGCGUCGUAUAG